UCUCUAAACACCUGCUGUCUGCUUGAGUGACCUUAUAGCCAUCAAAAUCCCAACAUUGUUGCACUUUAGGGCCAUUUUCUCUCCAAGCACCUGUCAUCUGACAUUUGAGUGACCUUACAGCCAUCAAAAUCCAGACAUUUCUGCACUUCAGGGCCAUUUUCAGAUGUCUAUAAAUAUGCCACGCGUAAACUCUGCGCAAACUCUUCUCCAAAAAUGACAGCUACGCAAAGACAACUGGCGUUGAGGAACUCCCUCAUCUCUGAUGGUGACUGCUUCGACAUGUGGCAUGACUACAUGAACCUGGGCAGACUGCUGGUGAAGCUGAGUGCUGGGCGUGAGACGGACCACAAAGACUCCGAGGGGCCCAAGAAACAGGAGGCGGCACCUUGGAGCCACAUCUCUCGGUCGGAGGACUCCAAGAACUCCACAGGGAGCAGUCCGGUCAGCAGCCUUUUGGACACCAGCUGCAGCAGGAUAGACUACUGCCGCUUCUGCAAGCAGAACGGGGAAUCUGCAAAAGUGUACCACUCACACAGGCUGAAAUCAGAGGACGGGAAAGUCACCUGCCCCAUCCUCUGGAGCUACACCUGUCCCAUCUGUGAGGCCACCGGGGACCGCGCACACACACGCCGGCACUGCCCGCAGGCGCAGCGCCAGGAGGCUACCAGGAUGCUGCCAAGGUCCCGCUUCUGGUAACUGAGAAUGGACACUUGAAAAGACUGUAAAUAAUUACCAGAAAUGUUUUAGGUCACGUGUUCAUGUUUACAUAGACUGUUGUAGGUUCCAGAUGUGUUUCAUGUUUGACUUUAAACGUUGUUGUCACUGCAUGUUUGCUCUGCAGUGGUUAAAUAGUUGAAUUACAAACCCGUCGAGCAUUUAAAAACAUGUUAUCAAACCUUCAAAAAGUCAAGUGUCAAAAAUGGACAUUUUGGAAACUGUGAAAUUAAAACUGUCUACCUGUGUAUACAUUAAUAAAAAAAAAUAUAUGUGAAAAGUUAA